CGCAGCAUAAGGCGCGCGCGAGUGAGAAGGAAAGAGAGCCAGACAGGCGCUCCGCGACUUCCAACAGUUCCAACAUGGCAGAGGAAUUUUGCAGCGCUGUCGUCGCCAGCGAUCGCAAUAGCAGCAGCAGCAGCAGCCCGAAGCAGCAGUAGUCCAUAGCAGCAGUAGUAGUGCGAGCCACGACGACGUAUUCUCUUAUAUACAUUAUUAUUGUGUAUGAGAGUGAACGCAAAUCGGACGUGUGAAAGUCCUCCAAUCGUGCGUGUGUGUGCGUGUGUGCGUGUGCGUGCGUGUGCGGAUUUUCAUUAUAAAAAUCAGUGCUUUGAAGGCUUUUGGCCUCGUCGAAACUCUCCGCGGACAGGUGCUUCGACGCGCGUUUGUUUUCCAUCGGGAAAGCUCGGCCCUGUAUAGUCGCGCGACUGCACUUGUGUACAUUCCGCGCGAUAAGAGAAGAGCGAGCGAGAGAGACAGUGCGCGACGACGCCGGCACACACACGCAAAAUCGCAGCAUAAUCGCAAGUGCAUCGUCCAGCAGUAGCAGCAAGCAGCAGCGGCGCUGCAGCCGUGUUUGCUCUGUGCUUUCUGUGUUAUCGUCUUCGUCGUUAUUGUUGUUGUUGUUGUUGUUGUCAUUCGAGUUGUAUGCAUAGUUGAAGUUGUCGUUGGUUCCUGUGAUUCGUCGACGAUCGCUGGUGCUCAUCAUCGGCUGCUCGUCGCAAGGGCCUGUGAAUGUCUUACCUGUCGUCGGCCAGUGAUAAUAAUAAAAAAGUACGAGUGCUCGUGGCAGUAGACAGAAAAAUUGCCAGAGUCGGCAGCGGCGCGAGCGAUAGGCAGCUGGGAUGCGCGAGCUGCCAGUCACGAGGAUUAUAGUGCCGCGGCUGACUGCUUGACGCGGCGCCGCGACUCCUUUUUUUUUUUUUGUUGGUGUCUAUACGAUAAGCCGAGUGCAACACUCCGAGUGUCCUGCUAUACAUUCCUCGUUCGUCCCUCGUGCGAAGCUGCGAGCACUAUAACGACUACGACUACGACGACGACGUCGAGCCAGUUGAAGAGGCUGCUGCAGCUGCGCCGUUCUCGCCAUGGCGGACCUCAAGGCGCCGCUGUUCAGCGACAUCAAGCGACCCGAGGAGGUGGUUGCGAUGGCCAUGAACGACAGCCUCAAGUUCGCCGUCCUCAUCGGCCUCAUCGAGGUGGGCCAAGUGUCCAAUCGCGAGGUCGUCAACACCGUCCUUCACCUGCUCGUUGGAGGUGAAUUUGAUAUGGAGCUGAAUUUCGUCAUCCAGGACGCUCAAAAUAUCAGACAUAUGCUGGAGCUUCUAGACCAUUGUCCAUCCAAUUUACAGGCUGAAAUUUGGAGCGUUUUCAUCGCCAUAUUAAGGAAGAGCGUCAGAAAUCUACAAGCAUGUACAGAUGUGAACCUAAUAGAACAUGUACUCCAUCGAAUGUCACGAGCAGAAACCAUUGUAGCAGAUUUACUAAUCGACAUGUUGGGAGUGCUGGCAAGCUACAGCAUCACUGUCAAAGAGUUGAAGCUUUUGUUCGGUGCGAUGAAAGCAGUCAAAGGAAAAUGGCCUCGUCAUUCUGCGAAGCUGUUGAACGUACUUCGGCAAAUGCCGCAACGCAACGGCCCUGACGUUUUUUUCAGCUUUCCCGGACGGAAAGGAUCGGCGAUCGUGCUACCUCCAUUAGCGAAAUGGCCUCACGAAAGCGGCUUCACGUUUACGACGUGGUUCAGGCUGGAUCCCAUCAACUCCGUUAAUAUCGAGCGUGAGAAGCCGUAUCUGUAUUGUUUCAAAACUGCUAAAGGUGUGGGCUACUCGGCACACUUUGUCGGCAAUUGUCUGGUUCUCACUUCGAUGAAAGUUAAGGGCAAGGGCUUCCAGCACUGUGUCAAAUACGAAUUCCAGCCGCGAAAGUGGUACAUGAUUGCAAUAGUGUACAUAUAUAAUAGAUGGACAAAGAGCGAAAUCAAGUGCUUGGUCAAUGGUCAAUUGGCUUCGAGCACAGAGAUGGCUUGGUUCGUCUCUACCAACGAUCCGUUUGACAAAUGCUACAUCGGUGCCACACCCGAAUUAGACGAAGAACGCGUGUUUUGCGGACAAAUGAGCGCCAUUUAUCUCUUUAGCGAGGCGCUGACCACCCAUCAGAUUUGCGCGAUGCACAGAUUAGGUCCUGGAUAUAAGAGUCAAUUUCGGUUCGACAACGAAUGUUAUCUAAAUCUACCUGACAAUCAUAAAAGGGUGAGUCAUGAGCAGGAGCUUGCGAGCAUGGUGGACCAAAGUUUGAUGACUGUGCUUUACGAUGGAAAAUUGUCAAACGCAAUUAUGUUCAUGUAUAAUCCCGUCGCAACGGACUCGCAACUGUGUCUGCAAAGUGCUCCCAAAGGCAACGUUUCUUACUUUGUACAUACUCCACACGCCUUGAUGUUGCAGGAAGUUAAAGCUGUAAUUACGCACUCCAUACAUAGCACUCUGAACUCCAUCGGCGGAAUUCAAGUACUCUUUCCUUUAUUCUCACAAUUGGAUAUGCCUUAUGAUUGCAUCGCGCCAAAUGAUAUUAAGCGCGAUCCUACUUUAUGCUCAAAACUACUCGGAUUCAUAUGCGAUCUAGUCGAAAGCUCCCAAACUGUUCAGCAGCACAUGGUGCAGAACAGAGGUUUCCUCGUAAUAAGUUUCAUGCUUCAAAGAGCGAGCCGCGAACACCUUACCACGGAGGUCCUCACCUCUUUUCUCGAGCUCACGAAACAUCUGGUUACGUGCCACAGCGCUAACAGCGAUCUUCUGCUAAAACAGAACUUUUAUUUUUCAUACCUGGUAUGGCAGCUGCUGGAUCACGUGCUCUUCAAUCCUGCCCUCUGGAUCUACACACCUGCGCCCGUGCAAACGAGGCUCUACUCGUACCUGGCGACCGAGUUCUUGAGCGACACGCAGAUUUACUCGAACGUGCGGCGGGUCUCCACCGUCUUGCAGACCGUCCAUACGCUCAAGUACUAUUACUGGGUGGCGAGCCCGCGCAACAAAAGCGGCAUCACCCCCAAGGGUCUAGAUGGACCCAGGCCGCAACAAAAGGAUAUUUUAACUAUUCGCUCUUAUAUUUUACUUUUUUUGAAGCAAUUAAUAAUGAUUGGUAAUGGCGUAAAAGACGAUGAACUACAAAGCAUUUUAAAUUAUUUGACCACGAUGCACGAGGACGAAAACUUGCACGACGUUCUACAAAUGUUGAUAUCUUUAAUGUCCGAGCAACCGUCUUCGAUGGUUCCAGCUUUCGAUGCCAAACAGGGUGUCAGGACAAUAUUUAAAUUAUUGGCGGCUGAAAGUCAAUUGAUUAGGCUACAAGCACUCAAACUUUUAGGCUUUUUCCUUAGUCGCAGCACUCACAAAAGAAAAUACGACGUAAUGAGCCCACAUAAUUUAUACACGUUGCUAGCUGAAAGGCUGCUACUAAAUGAAGAAACCCUCACUUUACCAACCUACAAUGUACUGUACGAAAUAAUGACAGAGCAUAUCAGUCAACAAAUUCUUUAUACCAGACAUCCAGAGCCAGAAUCACACUAUCGUUUAGAAAAUCCGAUGAUUUUAAAAGUCGUCGCUACAUUAAUUAGACAAUCGAAACAAACGGAACAACUACUUGACGUGAAAAAAUUAUUCCUGUCGGACAUGACACUGCUUUGCAACAACAAUCGAGAGAAUCGACGGACUGUUUUGCAAAUGUCUGUCUGGCAGGAGUGGCUCAUAGCUAUGGCGUACAUACACCCGAAAAACACAGAGGAGCAAAAAAUAUCGGACAUGGUAUAUUCGUUGUUCCGGAUGUUACUGCACCACGCGAUAAAGCAUGAAUACGGAGGCUGGCGGGUGUGGGUGGAUACUCUUGCUAUCGUGCAUUCAAAGGUAUCCUACGAGGAAUUCAAGUUGCAAUUCGCUCAAAUGUACGAGCACUACGAGAGACAGCGCUCGGAUAACAUCACAGAUCCGGAAGUGAGGCAGCAGAGGCCAAUCAGCACGAUAUCCGGCUGGGAUCAACAGCAGCAGCAGCAACACGCCGUUAGCAAUGGUUAUGCCCGUCCCGCUCAGUGGGCUAACGACCAAAACCGCGAGAUAAAUCCCGCCGACAAUCAUUACAAGGAAUACGACGCGAUAGAGUCGAGCGAUCGAAUGGACGAGACAUGCAGUUGCGACCUCAACUCGAUGGACAAUACGGAGAGCGACGGCAGCCCAGCAAUAGUGGCGCCGCGCAGCAAACUCUGCGGCGAGGCCGCUGAGCAAUCCAGCGAGCCCGUGACACCGGAACCGCGAUCGGCUACGGAUAAACUUGACGUUGCCUCCCAACAUGCACGCGCCGAAACACCGACUACCAUUCCGGAAGAGGCCGUCAGCGAGCUGUCCCAGCAGACGACUCAAGAGACCAGCGAGGUCGCAUCGAUCGCGAGCUCCAGCGAUGUCCUCAGUGAUGUUAAUAAGCCUGACAGUCCUGCGCUGGUCGAGGCAGACGCCAACGACGAUAGUCACACUUCGAUCGAAGACAAGGCUGAAAUCGAUCAAGAGCUCGUCGCAGCGGACUCGUCGGAAAAACUUGCCGAGUCGGACGAGCUCAAGCCCCAGAAAAGUUUCGAUCAAUCCGAGGAGAUUACCGUUGUAGAGCAAACCACUGUGAACGAGAAUGAUGACGAAAUUCCCGUAGUCCCUGCUCAAACGAAUGAGACCGAUACCGAGAGUGUUGUGAAGAACAGCGAAGCCUCCGAGACACAACCUGCUGACGUCCUUGAAUGCGCAGAUGUGGUUGAAGACAAGCUAGACGAUGCAAAAACUGUCGAUGAAACUGCUAAAGUUGAGGAGAAACCUGAGCCCUGUGAAGAUGAAUCAAAAGUAGCAGAUACUGAUAUUAAUACCGAACCGGCUGAAUCCAAAACUGAACUUGAACCAGAAAUCAAAUUAAAAGAUUCAGAAGAUCAAUUGGAAAAAUCGAACGACUUGAUCGAGGAAGCUGAAACUGCAACUUCGUCGGAGGUACAAAUAAAUGAAAUAAGUGCUGUUAUUAAUGGUAAUGACAACAAAGAAGUAAGUGAGGAGAGCAAUAGCCUGGAACCGUCCAAUUCUAUUUCUACUCAUUUAGAAGAUGAAGAAGUCGUAGAAAAAGUUGAAGAGCAAGCUGAAGAGCCCGAAAGCGUAUUUACUAGCGACCUAUGUAGCAGUUGUAAAGAAAAUGAAACUCCAAGUUCUGUAGAUAGCGAGACUCAAGUGCCAAACGCCAAGGAUCCAAUUCCGACAAUAUCGACGGUCUGCGACGCAUCCGCUCAAAAUUUGAGUGACGAUAUUACUGUGCCACAGAACGACGUAGUUGAUAAGGAUAAUCUCGCGGAGGCCGGUGCGUGUAACGCGAAUCACGCUCUCGACAACGACAUACACCGGCGCAGAGCCAGUUUACCCAAUGUGUCGACGGAAAAUCUGCAAGGAGAAUCCAACAAUCUCGACGACGUUUCAGAAUCCCCAGAAAAAGAUCCCUCAUUACAAAAAAGACCAAGGAGUGCCUCUACUUCAACGCAAGUCGAACCGAAUCACUUUGAGUCAAAACCUAAAUCAGUCAAUCCAUCCACUAGACCUAUGUUUAGUCCAGGGCCAUCAAGGCCACCUUUUAGAAUACCUGAAUUCAAAUGGUCUUAUAUUCACCAAAGGCUUUUAUCAGAUGUACUAUUUUCAUUGGAAACUGACAUUCAAGUUUGGAGAAGCCAUUCAACCAAAUCAGUCCUGGACUUUGUUAAUAGCAGUGAUAAUGCCAUAUUCGUUGUUAAUACAGUGCACUUGAUCUCCCAACUCGCAGAUAACUUGAUAAUAGCCUGUGGUGGUCUUUUGCCAUUACUUGCCUCAGCUACAUCGCCAAAUAGUGAAAUGGACGUAAUUGAGCCCACUCAGGGAAUGCCAAUUGAAGUUGCAGUUUCUUUUCUCCAAAGAUUAGUUAAUAUGGCAGACGUGCUUAUUUUUGCAAGCUCUUUAAAUUUUGGAGAAUUGGAAGCCGAAAAAAAUAUGUCCAGUGGUGGAAUACUGAGACAGUGUUUACGAUUGGUCUGUACUUGUGCCGUUAGAAACUGCUUAGAGUGUAAAGAACGUGGCAGAACAUACAGCAUGUUAGGUCGACAAAUUGGUACUAGUAACAAAUCACAGCACAUACAAUCACUUAUUCGUGGAGCCCAAACCUCACCAAAGACGGUAGUAGAUAAUUUGGCGAAUCAACUUAGCCCUGUAAAAGAUCCUGAAAAGCUUUUACAAGAUAUGGAUGUCAAUCGAUUGCGUGCUGUUAUUUACAGAGAUGUUGAAGAAACCAAGCAGGCUCAAUUUUUGUCCCUUGCGAUAGUUUACUUCAUCUCUGUUUUAAUGGUAUCAAAAUAUCGAGACAUUUUAGAACCGCCCGUUUCUCAACGACUUCCAAGUCCAGUUCCUGCAAUACAAACAAACGGAGCGAAUAUGAGAUCAGGUAGCCCUCAAGGGGAUGGGAACAGUGGCGGAGGAGGUCGGCCCUUGUUCCCGCAAUGGUCGCACCACGUGUAUCCUCAGUUCCUCCCAGGGUCCCAUCCAAACGCGAACGCGCACGCCAACCACCACGUGAGCCAGCACCACCACGAGCACCCGCCGCUACCGCAGGCCUCCGAGCAAGCCCUACUCCGCCGGCGUCGGCAGGCUAACAAUUCCUCGGCCGCCGCCGGCUAUUACAUUCCCAAUCACUAUAGCAAUCAUCAUAAUUACCACUCGAAUAAUUACAAUUAUCAUCGCCAUCAUCAUUAUCAUCAUCAUAAUAACAACAACCAUCAUCAUGCUCUGCAAAAGCAUAUCGACCAGCCCCGAAAUAUCUAUCAUAGAAAUUCUGGUUACGGUAUGCAAGAGAGCAGCGGUAUUAUGAGUCAGUCUGAAUCACAAGAUGACGGUGAAUACGAAGUUAUUAUUGUAGAUGAGAACAAUUCCUCUAUACUCGCAGAUCACGAUGUUCCUUCUUCCGGACCACCUUCGACAAAAACUGGCCACACUGGUGUAUCGCAGUCAAGGACUAUCCUCGAGGAUUACCCCUCGACGGAAAAGACUGUUUCUUCUACUGCGAGAACUGAAACACUACGAAACGCACAGAGUAAUGAUUCGAGUGAAGAGAUACCUCGUAAUAAUACUGCUGUUGAUCCUAAUCCUUCUGAAAUAACGAUUGAAAAUGAAAAUAAGCAUAAUUCGUCCGAAGAAGCUUGGACUGAUGUAAAUCUUAAUGAAGAAGGAGACAAUAUGACUAAUUCAUGCGAUGAUCCAAGAAAUAUUCACAAUAUGGCCCACUCUCGAGGUGACAUUCCGGAUAACGAAGGUAACGUACUUGAACCAGAAAUAUCGAAUAAUCCUGAGAGAGGAGAAAAACCGACUUCGGAAAUAUCUGUGGUAAGAGUGCCAGAUCACUUAGUCACAGUGCAAUCUCCGCGACCGGACGAUUUGCCCAUCAAAAGUCUAGUAGAGCAUUUACCUAUUCCAACACCUUCGCGCGAGGCUUCACUCACCCAAAAACUUGAAAUGGCUCUUGGCUCUGUUUGUCCGUUGUUAAGGGAAAUCAUGGUGGACUUUGCACCGUUUCUAUCCAAAACCCUGGUUGGCUCGCAUGGUCAGGAGUUACUGAUGGAAGGAAAAGGUCUCACAACGUUUAAAAACAGCAACUCAGUUGUUGAACUCGUAAUGCUGUUGUGUUCGCAAGAGUGGCAAAAUUCCCUCCAAAAACACGCUGGCUUAGCCUUUAUUGAACUGAUCAACGAAGGGAGACUUUUAUCGCACGCCAUGAAAGAUCAUAUCGUGCGUGUCGCGAACGAGGCAGAAUUCAUUUUGAAUCGUAUGCGAGCUGACGACGUACUGAAACAUGCUGAUUUUGAGACGCAAUGCGCCCAAACUCUUUUGGAUCGUCGCGAAGAGGAACGAACUUGCGACCAUUUGAUAACUGCUGCUCGAAGGAGAGACAACGUCAUCGCCAGCAGAUUGCUCGAGAAAGUUCGCAAUAUUUUAUCAAACAAGCACGGCGCUUGGGGCUACAUGGAUCCGAUGGCUGCGAAAAUGUCAGAGUACUGGAAACUCGACGCCUGGGAGGAUGACGCCCGCCGGCGCAAAAGAUUUGUACAUAACCCGUUGGGUUCGAGUCACCCUGAGGCGACUUUGAAAGCUGCACUCGAGCACGGUGCGCCCGAGGACGCGAUCCUCCAGGCUCGAGAAGAGUUCCAUGCUCAUCUGGCAGCCUCGCGAGCUCAUCAGCAACAAAUACAGUCUACUGAUCUCAUGGACGAUAGUGAAUUACUGACCGACGACCGAGAUCUCGACGCCGAUCUAGCAGGACCAGUAAAUAUAAGUACUAAAGGAAAACUUGUAGCUCCGGGUAUCGUAGCUCCAGGAAUAAUUUCAAUAACUUCAUCAGAGCUAUAUUUUGAAGUGGACGAGGACGAUCUUGAAUUCAAGAAAAUCGACCACGAGGUGCUAAAAUAUUGCGAUCAUUUGCACGGAAAAUGGUAUUUCUCAGAAGUUCGAGCAAUCUUUUCCCGCAGAUAUUUACUACAAAAUAUUGCUAUAGAAAUUUUCUUAGCAAGUCGAACAUCGAUAUUUUUCGUAUUUCCGGAUCAAGCCACCGUGAAAAAAGUGAUCAAGGCCCUACCACGAGUUGGCGUAGGCAUCAAAUACGGAAUUCCGCAAACAAGGAGAGCAUCUAUGAUGUCACCCCGUCAGCUGAUGAGGAACUCAAAUAUGACGCAAAAAUGGCAACGUCGCGAGAUCAACAACUUUGAGUACAUCAUGUUCUUAAAUACUAUUGCCGGACGUACCUACAAUGACCUCAACCAGUAUCCGGUAUUUCCAUGGGUACUGACGAAUUACGAAUCGAAGGAGUUGGACUUGAGCCAGCCCACCAAUUACAGAGAUCUAUCCAAACCCAUCGGAGCUCUCAACCAGAGCAGAAGGGCUUACUUCGAGGAGCGUUAUCAGAGCUGGGAGCACGACAGUAUAUUACCGUUCCAUUACGGCACUCACUAUUCUACGGCGGCUUUCGUUCUCAAUUGGCUCAUCCGGCUGGAACCCAUGACGACGAUGUUUUUGGCCCUUCAAGGAGGAAAGUUUGACCAUCCAAAUAGAUUAUUUUCUUCCAUUGCUUUGUCAUGGAAAAAUUGUCAACGCGAUACAUCCGACGUAAAGGAACUGAUUCCGGAGUUUUUCUUUCUCCCGGAAAUGUUUGUGAAUACCAAUCGAUACAAACUUGGUCGCCAAGAAGAUGGUAGCUCUGUUGGGGACGUUGAACUUCCACCUUGGGCCAAUACUCCAGAAGAAUUCACACGUAUCAAUAGAAUGGCUUUGGAAUCUGAGUUUGUCUCCUGUCAAUUGCACCAAUGGAUAGAUUUGAUUUUCGGCUACAAGCAAAAAGGUCCAGAGGCAGUGCGUGCUACCAACGUUUUUUACUACUUGACCUAUGAAGGAAGCGUAGAUUUGGAUUCUAUAACUGAUCCAGUCAUGAAAGAAGCAAUUGAAAAUCAAAUAAGAAACUUUGGACAAACGCCGUCACAGCUUCUUAUGGAGCCACAUCCUCCGAGAAGUUCAGCAAUGCACUUGUCUCCAAUGAUGUUUGCCAGUAUACCCGAUGAUGUUUGCAUGACAUUGAAAUUCCCAUCAAACUCCCCAAUCUGUCAUAUAUCUGCAAAUACUUAUCCACAACUACCUCUACCAUCAGUGGUUACUGUCACUACGGGACAACAAUUUGCAGUCAACAGAUGGAAUACCAAUUAUGCUGCUUCUGUACAAUCGCCGAGUUAUGCUGAUACACCUCAAGCACAAGCUGCAAACCAACCUCUGUCCAUGGAUGCAAUGCUAUCUCAAACAGCUCAUAGCUCAAAUCCUGCCCAGCGUCGGCACUUGGGCGAUAAUUUCAGUCAAAAAUUAAAGAUCCGCAGUAAUUGUUUUGUUACGACUGUCGAUAGUCGCUUCCUCGUAGCCUGCGGCUUUUGGGACAAUAGUUUUCGAGUAUUUUCUACUGAAACAGCCAAAAUAGUUCAAAUAAUUUUCGGGCAUUACGGUGUCGUUACGUGCUUGUCACGAAGCGAGUGCAAUAUCACGUCGGAUUGCUACAUCGCCUCUGGCAGUGCUGACUGCACCGUUUUACUGUGGCAUUGGAAUGCUAGAACACAGACAAUCGUCGGUGAAGGCGAAGCACCUGCACCUCGUGCAACACUAACCGGACACGAGCAACCCGUCACUGCUGUCGUUAUUUCGGCUGAAUUGGGCCUCGUUGUAUCGGGAUCAAGCUUUGGCCCUGUCUUGGUGCACACGACAUUUGGUGACUUAUUGAGAUCGUUGGAACCACCAACUGGGUUUUCCUCCCCGGAAAAUAUUGCAAUGUCAAGAGAAGGAGUUAUUGUAGUAAAUUAUGAACGUGGUCACAUCGCGGCAUUCACCAUCAAUGGAAAACGUUUACGUUACGAAUCACACAAUGAUAAUCUACAGUGUCUUUUACUAAGCCGAGACGGAGAGUAUUUAAUGACAGGAGGAGACAAGGGUAUCGUGGAAGUGUGGCGAACAUUUAAUUUAGCCCUUUUGUAUGCUUUCCCAGCGUGUGAGAGUAGUGUUCGUUCUCUUGCUUUAUCUCACGAUCAAAGAUUUCUUCUUGCUGGUCUCGCAAACGGUUCGAUUGUAAUUUUCCAUAUUGAUUUCAAUCGGUGGCACCACGAAUUUCAGCAGCGUUAUUGAGGUAUCUUUUUACACUAAGCCGAUGAAACAGUGUUGGAAAAAUAUUAAAGAUAAACAUUCAUGAUCCAUCCAUGAAUGUUUGAUUCAGCUUGAAUUAAAUUCGAGCCCAAAUUGCCAAAUAAAAAGUUAAGAUUGAAAGAGCAUAGUUUUAGAAUAAUGUCGAUAAGAGUCUUUUCCGUCGAAACAAAAAUGAGUGAAAAUACAACGCUAGUCAAUUAUGAAGACGUUGAUUUAAAACUUAUCAUGCAGGAAGAGUUUUUUCAUCUAGCUCGAUAAGUUAUCGAAAAAAUCGACUAUUUAUGAAACUCAACAUUUAUUUUGCAAUUACAUCAUAAAAACGCCAAACUCUGUAUCAUUAUUUUUAUGCUUCAAAACAAACAUGUGAGUUUGGUAAAAUGCUUUACGAGUUUCAUGUAUAGGGGAGAGCGGGGCAAGUGUAACUUGCGGGGUAAUACGACUUCUUGUUUUUUUCAAUGAUAAUGAUUUUUUAAAUAAAUUUUUUCCCCACUUAUUGUUGAAAUAUACUUGUAACUAUCGAUUGCAUGCAAAAACGACGCGAAAAAACGUUUAUUUUAUUAAUUUUAACUCGAAACAAAAAUACGCUAAAAUUAUUACAAAAAUUUCUUAUUUCACACUUCUGUAUCUUUUUUGAUAAUGAUUUUUAUGCUACCGUUUUUUUUUCAUAAGAACAGUCAUGUCUUCCCGAUGAAAAGGCUUUUUUCAAAAUUUCAUUAAACGCAAUAUUUUAUGAAAUAUUUAAUUUUUAAAAACAUGUCUUAAUGGGGCAAGAGUAGCGCCUGAAGCGGGGCAUUAGUGUCGCGGUACGCCAGGCAUUGCGACGAUUCGUGACGGCGGUCUGCUGACUUUUCGUUCAAACUUGACCUCAUAUUUACCGUGUUGUUGUUUUUCUCGUCGCCGA